AAUAAACGUCCAUGUUGGAAUUAGUUCAUAUGUUGAAGAUAAAAUAAACCAAUCUUGGCCUAAAUCCUUUAGAUUCAAAGACUAAUAGACGAAAAGACUUGAAGAGAGAAGAGCCAUGGCUUCUGAGGGGUUGGAGUACAACGAAGUUGCUCUUCUUGUUCGAGGAUCUUUGAAUGCAGGAAGAUUAAAACUUCACAAAAAUGGGGUUGUUUUUAAAGCAAGUAAAACUGGAAAAGUUGACCAAAUUAACAAAGAUGAUAUUGAGGCAGCUAAUUGGAGGCGUGUUGCAAGAGGACAUGAGUUGAAAGUUUUGUUAAAAUCUGGGGCACAGUAUAGAUUUAAUGGAUUUAAAGAAAGUGACUAUCAAAAUCUCUCUGCAUUUCUCUCCCAAUUCUACAACACCAAAAUCAAAGAUACUGAGCUCUCUGUUAAAGGAUGGAACUGGGGAACAGCUAAAUUUGAAGGGACAGCUUUAUCAUUUGAUGUGGAUGGAAAACCAGCAUUUGAGAUACCGCUGAAGGAUGUUUCACAAGCAACAACUGCAGGCAACAAUGAAGUUACCCUUGAGUUUCAUCAACAUGAUGAUGCUGAGAUUUCUUUAAUGGAAAUGAGGUUUUAUAUCCCACAAGUAGCAGACAGCACAGAUGCUGACCCAGUCAAGACUUUCCAUGAUCAUGUUAUAUCCAAAGCUGAUAUCAUCCAGAUAACAGGAGAUGCUAUUGUGACUAUUCCUGAUGUGGCUUGCUUAACACCAAGGGGUCGUUACACCAUGAAAGUAUUCCCUACCUUCUUGCAGCUUCAUGGUAAAACCUAUGACUAUAAAAUUCCAUACACAACCAUUCUCAGACUCUUCCUUCUCCCUCAUAAAGACCAGAGAUUCAUGUUCUUUGUGAUAAGCAUGGAUCCACCCAUCAAGCAGGGACAGACACGUUAUCCUUUCCUGAUAACACAGUUCGAAAAGCAUGACGAGUUUGAUGUCAAGUUGAACAUGUCAGAAGAAGAAAUCAAAGAAAAAUAUGAAGAUAAGAUAACACAAGAAAUGAGUGGACCAGUCUAUGAAAUCAUUAGUAGGCUUAUGAAGGCGGUUGUAGGAAAGAAGAUUACAGUACCUGGCUCCUUUAAAAGCAAUGCUGGUGGAAGUGGCAUGACCUGUUCUUAUCGAGCUGGCAGUGGUCUUCUGUAUCCCUUGGAAAGAGGAUUCAUUUUCGUGCACAAGCCUCCAGUCCAUGUUCGCUUUGACGAGAUCUCUUGUGUGAACUUUGCUCGUGUAUCUGGUGGUGGCAGUUCAAGCAGGUCAUUUGACUUUGAAGUGGAAACCAAAAAUGGUACUACAAUUGUUUUCAGCAAUAUUGAAAGGGAAGAAUAUAGCAGACUGUUUGACUUUGUGACUGUAAAGAACUUGCGUAUCAAGAAUACAGGAAAGGUCAAAAAUUCCAAAAAGGGUCAAAAAUAUGAUGAGGACUUGUUCAACUCUGAUGAUGAUGAACAUGAUGCUUAUCUGGAACAAGUCAAAGCUGAGGCCGCUGAAAAAGAUUCAGAGUCCGAAGAAGAUGAUUCAGAUGAUGAAUCAUUUGCUCCUGGUGAUGAGAGUGAUAGAGAUAUUAGGGAAGAAUUUGAUAGUGAAGCAUCAACAUCAUCUUCGGAAGCCGGAUCUGACUCUGAAUCAGAGAAAAAAUCCAAGAGAUCCAAAAGUAAACCUGAAAAGAAAAGGAAAGCUGAGAAGCAAAAAUCUCCUAAGAAAAAGGCUAAAGCAGACGUUUCUAAGGCCUCCUCUUCUAAGAAGGGCAAGAAGAAAAAAGACCCCAAUGCACCCAAGAGAGCCAUGAGUGCAUACAUGUUAUGGCUUAACGAUACUCGACAGCAAAUCAAAGACGAAAACCCUGGAAUCUCAGUUACUGAAGUAUCAAAGGUUGCUGGAGAAAAGUGGAAAGUCCUCACCGACAAAAGUAAAUGGGAAAAACUAGCUGCAGUAGAAAAGGAGAAGUACCAAGAAAAGAUGAAGAACUACAAGAAAGAAUUGUUGGAGGGUGGAGGCGCUAGUUCGAGUAAAAAGAAGGACACGCCAACGAAAGCCAAGAAAGGUUCACCAAGAAAAAGCAUCGAGGGACAAAAAUUUAAGAGCGCUGAAUUCGUAGAGUCCAGUGGCGAUUCAUCAGAUUCGGACGACGAUCGAAAAAAGCAGAAAAAAUCGAAAGCUAAACCAAAAAAGAAAACAAAGAAAGACGAAUCGGAAGAAGAGUCAAUGGAUGAAGAGAAAUCUGAAGAAGAGGAAAUGAGUGACGUGGGAUCAGACUCGGACUAAAACAAGCAUUUAAAAACUGUAUAAAGAGAACUUUUUUUUCGGUGAGCACUGACGGCUCACUGUCAUUUUUUCGUUGACUAGGUUCAUCAAAAGCAGCAUUUUACCCCGGGGGUAUUCCCAUAUACAAUAGGGCAAGGAUCAGUACAGGGAUGCUCGUCAGAAAUUUUUAAAAUGUCCCCCUAAAGGUACCCGAAUCCUGUCCAGGUGGGCGUGGCAACUAAUGAUUUUUACCCAAAAAAGCCGGUACCAACUCUAAAACAAUUUACUCAUUUGUCUGAUUGCUAUUAGCAGAAGUCAUUUGAUGCCGAACCAAAACUAUAUAUCCGUACGAGGUACGACGAGCAUCCUCGCUUUUUCCCAAGCCCCCGGCCUUACAAUGUUGAUGAGCUUUGUCUCCAUAAGGUAAUAAAUCGGCAAGUGAACACCAUAGAUGUUGCACCUUGACUAGUCCUCUUUUUUGUGGUAUUUAAUUCUCUUGAUUGCCGAUUACGUCAUAAUGCGACUGCCGAGAAUACCAAAAACAUGACGUUAUUUUUUUAGGA